AUGCCAUCACCCUCAGGCAAUCAUUCCUCCAGCGCAGAUGAUCCGCCUAUUUCGACGACCACUAUGCUGCGGUUGCCCCCUUUUUGGCGCCAGAACCCGCGGUCUUGGUUCAGACAGGUCGAGGCCCAAUUUCAGCUUCGACAUAUCCAGUCCCAACAGUCAAAGUAUUUUCAAGUUCUGGCUGGUCUUCCUCCGGAAGUUGCGGCAGAACUGGACGAUGUCCUCGCCGCAGUUCAGCUCGAUCAGGCAUACGACGUUCUGAAGACCGCCAUCUUGGACAGAAUGGCAGUGUCCGCACGCGCUAAACUCCAGCAGCUACUGUCUCACGAAGACUUGGGCGACCGAAAGCCAUCGCAUAUGCUCCAUCGCAUGAAACAACUCCUCGGCGAUUCCGCUACCGAAGCACAGCAACCCAUCUUGAGAGAGCUGUUCUUUCAAAGACUUCCGCAAGCGAUGCGUGUGGUUUUGGCAGGGUCGGAAGAUUUAUCCCUUGACCGACUGGCCACGUUGGCUGACCGGAUUGCGGAUUACUCAGAGCCCCCUAAGCCGUCCAUCAUGGCCGCAGCCACCUCGGAGCAGUCUCCGCGCUUGGACCGCAUUGAGCUCCAGCUGCAAUAG